ACACACACGCUCAGGACCAGCCAUGGCUCUCAUACACACUCUCAUACUGCUCUCAUGCGCCGGGAAAGUUUGGUCCAAAUCUGACCCGAACGACUCUCAGGUCUAUCUGGACAACAUCACACGGAUUCUGGACCGGUUACUGGAUGGAUACGACAACAGACUACGACCAGGAUUUGGAGGUCCUGUUACGGAAGUAAAGACGGACAUCUUUGUCACCAGCUUCGGUCCCGUGUCUGAUGUGGAAAUGGAAUACACCAUGGACGUGUUUUUCCGUCAGACGUGGGUAGACAAGCGUCUGCGCUUCGAGGGUCCCAUCGAGAUCCUGCGUCUCAACAACCUGAUGGUCAGCAAGAUCUGGACUCCGGAUACGUUUUUCCGAAACGGCAAACGCUCCAUCGCUCACAACAUGACGACUCCCAACAAGCUGUUCCGCAUCAUGCAGAACGGAACCAUCCUCUACACCAUGAGAUUAACCAUCAAUGCUGAAUGUCCCAUGAAGCUCAUAAACUUCCCCAUGGAUGGACACUCCUGUCCUCUGAAGUUCGGCAGCUACGCCUACCCCAUGAGUGAGAUAGUGUACACUUGGAAGAAAGGGCCCUUGGUGUCUGUGGAGGUGCCACAGGAGUCGUCCAGCCUGCUGCAGUACGAUCUGAUUGGUCAGACGGUGUCCAGCGAGAAGCUCAAGUCCAACACCGGUGAAUACAUCAUCAUGACUGUUCACUUUCAUCUGCAGAGAAAGAUGGGUUUCUUCCUGAUUCAGACCUACAUCCCCUGUAUCAUGACCGUCAUCCUCGCUCAGGUCUCCUUCUGGAUUAACAAAGAGUCAGUUCCUGCAAGAACCGUCUUUGGCAUCACUACAGUGCUAACAAUGACGACUCUGAGUAUUAGCGCUCGACACUCACUGCCUAAAGUCUCCUACGCCACUGCAAUGGACUGGUUUAUCGCUGUCUGCUUCGCCUUCGUCUUCUCCGCCCUCAUCGAAUUCGCUGCAGUCAACUACUUCUCCACCGUGCAGGCCAACCAAGAGCGUCGCCGUGCCAACGUCGCUCGAGCUGCCAUGGCAACCCCUGCCAAGAGUGAUGCCAUGGAAGUUACGGCUCUGGUGGAUCCCAGCAGUGUUCUUAAGAAAAGGCUGAACUCUGUACCACAGAAGGAGAUCCUCGUGGUUCCUGCGAGUCCAGUGCCUGAUGUACAUCAGCAGGGUUCAGCCACGCCCGCUAACGAUAUGCUAACUGGCACCAGCAUCAUCGAUAAAUACUCACGCAUCCUCUUCCCUCUGUCCUUCGGUGCCUUUAACCUCGUUUACUGGAUCGUUUACCUCACCAAGGACCCCAUGGAGGCAAGGGACGAGUGAGCACCAUGUUCUUGCCCAGAAGAUCUCUCAGGAGACAGAGGAACAGAUGGAGGAUAAAAAACUUCCAUCAUCUCACACCGCUUUCUUUUAACAUAUAAAAAAGGGAAAUAGUUUUAUUUUACCUUCGACCAUUAACCCCUUUAUAUUUACAUUUAUCUCACUUUUUUUUAACCAAAGUAAAACUUGAUCCUGCAGACACGCCAGAGACGGAACUGCAAGGAUUUAACAGAUAAUCAAGGGUUUUUUCUAAAACUGUAACUAGAAGCUAAAAGUUAACCUCCUGGUGGGUUGUAGAUAAUCAGCAUCUGAUUAUUACAGUUAACAUUACAGAAAAGGCUUCUACUGGAGGUUCUACUGGAGGUUCUACUGGAGGUUCUACUGGAAUCUUUCUGAUUGACUGAUAAAAGAACCCGUAUGUGUUUAUACAGUAAUAGAGACAAACACAGCAUUCUUAUUAGUCAUAGUGAAGGUUCCACAUGGGUUCUUGAUUCAGUGGAGAGUUCUCAGCUUUUUCAACAGGAUUUAACUUUGAAAAGCUCGUGAACUGCUGCAAAAAAUGGUUCUUUAAAAGGUUCCUCAUUGUUUACUGAAUAAUUAACGGUUCCUAAAAAUCCUAAAAAUGUUCAUCUAUCGUUUAGCCCUCACUAGCGUGAACGCAGGAAAUUACACACACACACACACACACACACACACACACACACACACACACACACACACACACUCUCUCUCUCUCUCUCUCUCUCUCUCUCUCUCUCACACUUCAUGUGCACUUUACUUAAAAAAUCCUUUUGGCACUUAUGAUGUAUGAGCAUGUUUUAAGUGUAGUGCAAGCUUUCUCUGUUUAACACUUCAGCAUGAACACACACACACACACACACACACACACACACACACACACACACACACACACACACACACACACACACACACACACACACACAGCAAGGGGAUGCGACACUUUCCAAUAAGCACAGUAGUUAUGUAGCAUUUGGGCUUUUUGGGACUUGGAAGUUAAACACACACACACACACACACACACACACACACACACACACACACACACACACACACACACACACACACACAAGACACACACACACACACACACACACACACACACACACACACACACACACACACACACACCAUAGAUGCAAUGCAGAAGCGACGUCAAUGAUUACAAUUAUAUGUGUAAUUAAACAGCAUGUUGAAAUUUUUAUCCAUUUACAGUUACAUUUUGAAUGCAAUCUAACAGUUGUGUAGUGUUUGUGUUACGUGUUGUCACUUAUUGUAGAGCAGCUGCAAACACUCACUUUCAUCCCCGGUCUCACACUGGAGACUCCUUCCAAACAUCUCCUUACUUCAAAAAACUUGGUGUCAGUGUAGAAAGAGACUGCAGACUGUCACGCAUUGUGUGUGUGUGCGCACGUGUGUGUGCGCGUGUGUGCAUGUGUGUGCGCGUGUGCUCGUGUGUGUUGCUAAAGCAUGAGUCAACCCCAUACUAUUAUGCAGAUGAUUAUAAAUAACCUGCAGAUGUCCGGAUGUAAAUACACCGUGUGUGAAUUGUGAGUUGAGUCACGGUGUGCUGAUCAUCAUCGCUACGUGCUACAACUUUCAGCGAAAUGCAGAAAUACGCUUUAAUUACAGAAAAAUCCUACAACUUUACAGUGAGGAAACAUCAAACAACACAACCUGAAAGCUGUUAUACAGGAGAGCUGAAGACAGCAUGAAUGACAUCACUUCCUGUUUAUGCAAAUUGAAAAGAGAAAUAAACAGAAAACAGUCAGCUGCUGUUCAGUGUUAGCUAAGAAUCAUGGGAUAGCAAGUGACCUGAAUGAUUGUAGCAAAGGUUGUAGCUAUGGGUGUGAGUACAGGUGUAGAUAUGGGUGUGAGUAAGGGUGUAGAUAUGGGUGUAGAUAUGGGUGUGAGUAAAGGUGUGAGUAAGGGUGUAGAUAUGGGUGUGAGUAAGGGUGUGUACAUAUGGGUGUGAGUAAGGGUGUAGAUAUGGGUGUGAGUAAGGGUGUAGAUAUGGGUGUGAGUAAGGGUGUAGAUAUGGGUGUGAGUAAGGGUGUGUAGAUAUGGGUGUGAGUAAGGGUGUAGAUAUGGUGUGAGUAAGGGUGUGUAGAUAUGGGUGUGAGUAAGGGUGUGUAGAUAUGGGUGUAGAUAUGGGUGUGAGUAAGGGUGUAGAUAUGGGUGUGAGUAAGGGUGUAGAUAUGGGUGUGAGUAAGGGUGUAGAUAUGGGUGUAGAUAUGGGUGUGAGUAAGGUGUAGAUAUGGGUGUGAGUAAGGGUGUAGAUAUGGGUAGAUAUGGGUGUGAGUAAGGGUGUAGAUAUGGGUGGAAGUAAGGGUGUAGAUAUGGGUGUAGAUAUGGGUGUGAGUAAGGGUGUAGAUAUGGGUGUAGAUAUGGGUGUGAGUAAGGGUGUAGAUAUGGGUGUAAGUAAUGUUUUGUUUAAUAGUGUUGCAAUAGGCGUAGUUAAUAAUGUGGUUAAAAGGUUUUAGGGUUGAUGUAGUUAAAGGUGUAGAUACGGUUGUCAUUAAGGGUGUGGUUUUGGGUGCAGAUAAAGGUGUAGUAAGGUAAAGGGUAGCUCUCUCUCUCUCUGUCUCUCUCUCUCUCUCUCUCUCUCUCUCUCUCUCUCUCUCUCUCUCUCUCUCUCUGUCAAUGUUUCAGAUAUUGGACUUCUGAUCAGAAGGUUGUGAGUUCAGAUCUCACCACUGUGCCGCCACUGCUCGUUUUUUCUGAAUGAGAUAGUUGUGAGUUGCUCUUGAUAAGGACACGGAUACGAGUCACAGAUAAACACUGAAGUUUAUUUUUUAUUUAAAGUGCUGAGUUUUGUAUUGUUUGUUUUCUGUAGUUGUUAUUAAAGAGAUGUUUAUCCUGUGCAUGAUGCAGAACUCAGCUGAAUUACUGUGUGUCUGUAACUGUACCUGUAUUAAUAAUUAUAAUAAAAAUGUUAUUUAUAGUA